GUCAGUUCCGCUCGGUGUCUUCAGGCAGAAGGGGGGCGAAUAACAGCAACAAGAAGUCGGAGGUGGAGAGGGGGGGGCAGCUGGCCAGUCAUGCAAUAAAACAAUAUAUAACAAGAUACUAAUUAUUAACAGGUACUUUUGUACCUUUUCUAUUAUCGCCGCGUUGAGGAAAACAGCCGGAAACAAUUGGCUUCCACCAGCUUGCCGUCUAAUUCAGAAGACGGAUUCACACACUGACCUCCAAAAUGACAGACAGCAUUAUGAGCAAAGCUGCUACGAUGGAAAUCCCAAUAAACAGCAACGGAGACACAGGGACCCUCACUGAGGAUGACAGCCUGGAACAGGCGGCACAGAUUCAGUGGCGCUUAGAUGAGAAGGACUUGCAGCAGGUGAUGGUAUCAGGACCCAACCUCAAUGAGACCAGCAUUGUUUCGGGAGGUUAUGGAGGCACAGCAGAGGGAAUCAUACCCACCAGCUCCAUCAAAGGCCCUGGGAUCCGCUACAACCCUACCAUGCUGGGAAGACGCAUCCUCCCUCUGGGACAAGGUCCCAAUAUGCACCAGUCACACAGCAGCUCAGCAGUCACUGCUGAAGAAGCUACUCGUGGUGUGGCUGUGGAAAAGUUUGACAUUGUCAAGAAGUGGGGCAUCAACACCUACAAGUGUACAAAGCAGAUGAUUUCUGAACGUUUUGGCCGUGGGUCACGGACAGUGGACCUGGAGCUCGAGGCUCAGAUUGAUGUGCUUCGAGACACGAAGCGCAAAUACGAAAACAUCCUGCGAUUGGCCAGAGCUCUGACUAAUCAUUUCUACAGCAUGGUGCAGACCCAGCGUGCACUGGGGGACACCUUCUCUGACCUCAGUCAAAAAUCUCCAGAGCUACAGGAUGAGUUUGGAUAUAAUGCUGAAACACAGAAGCUGCUGUGUAAGAAUGGAGAGACCCUCUUGGGUGCCAUCAAUUUCUUUGUCUCUAGUAUCAACACUCUGGUCAACAAAACCAUGGAGGACACUCUGAUGACUGUCAAGAUGUAUGAGAAUGCUAGACUGGAAUUUGAUGCGUACCGCGCUGACCUGGAGGAGCUGAACAUGGGCCCUCGGGAUGCUGUCACCCUGUCACGCAUUGAGGCGGCACAGCAGCAGUUCCAAAUCCACAAAGACAAGUACGAGCGGCUCCGGAGCGACGUCACCAUCAAACUCAAAUUCCUGGAGGAAAAUAAGGUGAAGGUGAUGCACAAGCAACUCCUCCUGUUCCACAACGCCAUCUCGGCCUACUUUGCAGGGAACCAGCAGCAGCUUGAACAGACCCUCAAGCAGUUCAAUGUCAAGUUAAAGCCUCCCGGUGCAGACAAACCAUCCUGGCUGGAGGAGCAGUGAUGGUGCAGUUUUCCAGCCAACCGGACAGAUGGACGGACAGACAUACUGUUAGAAAGACCAAUGGUGCAGGACCAGGAGAGGCCAGUGAGAGUGACAAUGGGAGAGAACAUGCUUGUCCCUUUCUUUUCCUUCCCUGUCUCUUCUUCUCUCUCUUUUUGUGUUUGAAGAACUUGGAUGUUUUAAUCGUUUAGAAACACUAACACUUCUUUCCUUUCAAUGGGGAAAACGUCCUUAAUAUUAUGUCCACCACCUUGAAAAAAACUUCAGAAUGAAAUCAACACAACAUCAUGGUCUUCAGUUUGCUACUAUUUAUUAGUGUCGCCUAAUAAAAACCUAUGAUCUCUGUCUUUAUGACUAGGUGACAAGCAAAUUAGUUAUUCACUAUCUGAAGAAAUGAAGUCCAAUUUCUCAAGUUUAAAAGUUUACACUACUUCUGGGUUUCCAGCAAAAAGGGACUGUCCUUGUUAACCAGAAGGACUGUAGGUAUCAGAAAUGUGCAUUUAAACAGUCUCCUGUUUAAAAAGGCUUCUUUUCAAAUUAGAACCAAAAGGUUUAAUGCACAACGGCAACAUCCUCUCCAUUUAAGUUUGUUUACAAGAAAAGUAGACAAAACCUAAGACCUAAAGAGAAGAAGAUCUUGAAUACAGAAAGAAGAAAUGUUGAAAAUACAUAAUGAAAAGUUAAUGGUUAAAGCUGUUAUUAUUUCAUAUUUAUUAUUAAAACAGUAAAUAUAUGGGGUUGCAGGACAGGGAAGGCUUUUUUUGUGAAGGCAAGUGCUGUUACUUUGCAGAUUGUCAGAGAAUGUUGUGGAAAAUAAUGCCACAGUGGGUACAGAGUUAUACGGGAAAGAAAAGAGUUUGAUUUGACAAAUUCUGUCCUUUUGGAAUUCACAAAAUUAAGCAGAAACAAAGCUUGUUACUUGUAAUGUAAGACACUCUAAAAAAUUCAAUGAAUAAAAAUCAAGAAUACUGGUGUCUGUAGAAUAUGUCAAAAACUUUUUUCUUGUCCAAAGGUGAUACAAUCCAUUUUCGAUACAGUGCAAUUCUGGUCCUUGAGACCACAGGCCACAGUCCUCCAUGAUUUAUAGGUAGUUAUUGAUAGCUAGCUGCUUUAAACCUGGAUAGAUGGUCAGGUUCUUUAAUUGGGUAAUUUAAUUUAUUCAGCCUCAAUAAUGUGGAUUAUCAUUUGACUAUAGCACCUAUGAGCCCUUGUGGAGAAGCAGGGUUUACCAUGGUUAUAUUACUGUGGUCACAAAUACUGUUAAACUGUAGAUCUACUCAACUUCUUUUUAGCAGAAAUUAGUAGGAUAUGUGUUUUUCACAAAGGGUUCUCUAGGAACAAAAGUUUUUAAUGUCUAGUAAUCUGUCUCCUACUUGUAGGAAAGUUGGAUAUCUUCAAUGAUUUGUGCCCCUUACUGACUACAUAAGAUUUUCAAAAGAAAACUUAAUCCUUAAUGGCAUCAGAUUUUCUGGUACAUUACUUAACAUUCAGAACCAUUGUAUAUAGUAGUAUCCCACAUUUUAUGACAAGGACGCACUAAUGUAAAAAAAAAAAGCAUAUGGGUUCCACAAUUAUUUGUUGACAACUUCACUUAAACCUGUAGAAACAGUGUAUUCCAGUAGUUUUUCAUGGCCUGGUAAGAACAGAACAAGAAAAAGAACGUAGUUGUAGACUAAAUAAAAAGUGAGAAGAUCGAAAGUGUGUAUUGUCUUAGUUGUUUUAAUUUGAGGACAUAUUUUUGUUCUUUUUGAGAGAACUGUAAAAAGGUCACUGCAGAUGGCUCUGAGAUAGUAUGCUUUAUAUACUGUAUUUCUCGUAGCACUUCCAGACAGCUUUGGUAGCAUCAUGACAAAUUUAAGUUCUUACACUACAGCCAAGAAUCGUGGAAGUUAACGUGACACAGGGCUUUCAAGCUUCCAUCUUUUCUUCUUAGCGAAAUACCCUUGUUGGGUAUCCCAGAAGUCACAGGCCAAUGUUCAGCUUCAAUGAAAAUUUAACUCUUACCUUUUGGAGGGUACUGAAAAAUGCAUCAGUUGAGAUAUCACAGGAUAGCAUGCAUUUGUUUAGCUCUGUAGCUCACCCUUUCCGCUAAUGCUAAGACACCUUUUACAACUUUUUUUCAGGUCAGCCCUGGCUCACACUUCUGAAGUGUGAAUGGCUGUCCUGAACUGACUUAAAUUUAGGCUGCAUUUUUGAUCUGGCAAUUGUAGUCCAAGGACCACAUCCAAUUCUGGGGUGCCGUUAUUUUUAAUACCAAUGCCUUUCUUAUUGCAUAGGGUUUAACGACACUCUCAAAUUUGCCAGCAUGCAAAAACAAUGCAGUAUUGUACUUGUAAGUAAACAGUUUACUUAAGGGCUGCUUUAAAAUGACAUAUAUUAGUGACCAGUAGGCAAAUGAAGCAUAAUGAGUUAUUGAUAUUUUCACACCAGAUAUCACCCUUAAGGUAUCACUUUAAAUGUGUUAAGAUUUUAUCCAGGAAUGCUUGGGUCCUUGUACUGUGUAAUCCUAGGUUUACCGUUUUUUGUUCUGGGGUGUGGGUGCAUAUUAAGUUAUCUUUAAACCACAGAGGAACAUGGUUUUCAAGGACCAAAAGCUGAGUAAUCUUAUCAUUAAUUACUAUUAUAAUGCUUUAAAGGUGACAUUAUGUUCAGGCAGCUUGGUGAUUAAUACUAGUAUAUAAUUAUACUCCUGUUUUGUCACAAGGUGGCAGUCUAAUCUAAACAGUUUAGCUGGGGAGUUUCAUUAACUCUCACUGAUGACUGGCUUCCAAUGUACUAUAGAUGGUCGUGCUAUGAAAUGGCUUAUUGUUGCCCUGCAGCAACCUUUUUGUUGAAAGCUAAGUGUUUUCACAAAAACAGUUUUUUUUACAUCAGGGCUGGGAGAGUUGAUGUUAUUUUGUCGUCCCUCUUCUCUAAAUCGUGCCUGAGCAGUUAACAUUGGAUAUUUGAGGCUUAUGUUUUAGAAGACUUGCAUACUUGCAUUCCCAGCACAGGUUGGAUACGUGUAUGCAGACAUGUAUAACUGUGCAGGAUGUAUGUAUUUAUCCCCAUUUUCCAUGAGUGAUAUUUGGUGCGGUGUUCGCACACUAGUUUAAACAUUGAAAUGCGACAUGUCAAAAGAAGUGGUUUGAGAAUCCAAAAAAACCCUAAAAAGGUAUGUAACUUCAGUUACUAGCCCCAUGUGUCCAAAGUCUGUUCCAAAUGUGCCAGCUCUUUUUUGCUGGACAUUUUUUGUAAUCUUGUUUUUCAUUGUAAUUUCAUGGUUGACUCUUCUUAUGUUGUUGAAUAAGCUUUGUAGCCAUCAUGUGACCUAUACAUACAAUGCAGUCAUUGAGCACUUUUGUUGCCAUUUGUAUAUUGAAAUUGAAGUUUCUCCCUUAAACCUUUCAGUGUUUAGAGAACAGCAUUUUCUUUUAAUUUAAAAGUUAUUAUGCUAUUGAUUGUACGUAUCCACUACUAACUAGGUACUGUUAAAGGCAAAUAAUAGUUAAAGCAAGGCCCUUGCAAUUUGAUGCAACACUGUGUGAUUAUGCCAAGAUGCAAGAACUGUGCAUUUGGCAUAAGACUGGUGCCUACAAGAUAGGCGGCAAGCAGCACAGACCCAGCAUUUCAUGUUCAGACAGUGUUUUAAAUAUGCUGCUAAUUAGUCAUUUACACCUUGAAUGACUUGAAUCACCCGAAAGCAACAAAGUUUCUAAAUGACGGUAUUGUAGAACAUCAUUUGGUAGAAGAUGGCAUUUUACUAAAACUAAAUUUCACAUUAUGGUAAAUGUUAAAAGGAUUGUGCUAAAUUUAAGCACAAAGUCCAUAUGAAUUGUAUAUUCUGUGAUGGGUCUUCAGAUUCGCCUGUCUUUGAGAGCCUUCCACUUCAUUUUAAGGUUGAACUAAUGUGUUGUUGCUUCUUUGUUCCCAGGUUUUUGUAGGAGCAGCUUUGAAACGGAGCAAGGCAGAAUUUCUGCUCUUUAAAGUUUCUUGUAUGAUUGCUGCAUUUUGUAAAGUUGUACUUAGGAAUUUGUGUACUUUGGGUGAAGCAAUACUAAUGGAAGGAAGUGCAGCUGUGAAGAAACUUCAGCACACAAAUCCAAUGUCUUUAUGACUUGCCUUCCUUGAAUAUAUAUGGCACGUUGUCAUAAGUUGAACAGUAAACAUCAUGGUUGUCCCCUUUUAUGAAUUUAACAAUCAGGCUACUGUUCCCUUUUAUGUCAAUGUUCUUUUUUUGAAAGGCUGUAUUUCCAUUUGAAUGUAUUUCCAUUUUUUCAAUCUAUUCCUUCAGGUAGUUCUUCCACAAAUAUGGUACACCAAUUGCCCAACACUUGCCCAUUCAUUAAAAAUCCGUUGCUUUCUAGCCAGUUCUGGAGUCCAUGUACAUCCAUCCAAGAAGAUCCUUAUUACUGAAGAUCCCAACCAAUUUAUUUUCUGUCCAUAUAAAGGUUUGUGGAUUUCCCCAGAUUGUUAAAAAAACUAAACCAGCAACUCUAAAGUUACAUCUAAGCUUUUUAAGACAGAGAAUGGAACAAUGUUAAAGUUUCUACAUUUAAUAACAUUUGUGAUGAGCCAAACUUCUGAGGAAUUCAGACUGAUUGUCAUAUUCAUAAAAUGACAAAAUGAACAAUCCUGUUUUUUUAAAAAAGCUAGUUUGUCUGAAAUCUUAUUGUGUUCAAGUGCUGUUUAUUUGUGUCCCCAUAAGAGCAAUACCAGCUAGAUGUUUGGCCCUGAUUAAAGGGUGUCCCUAUAUCUGUUUUCCUUUAUCCAAAAACUUUCCUGAAUCCCUGAAAUAUGAUUAUGAAUACACAUUCAGUUCUUGUAUUAAAAAUGAAAAUCCUGAUUCAAGUGUAAUAGACACCAGACACUUCUUAGCUAGUUCUAGUUAGUAGCUAAAAAAAUGAAAGGUUUAUAUAUGAAAUUUUAUUUGCGUACAAUCAAUAUUUUUUUUAGGCUGCUCUGUGAUAUUGUAGUGUAUGAAUGAUUGUAUAUAUGUAAUGAUAUUUAAGGUAAUAAAAAGUCUUGGGUUUUAUGUGGUUUUGCUAUUCUUCCUUGCUUUGUUCAGGAGUACAGCCACUGACUAAUUGAACCUAGCAACAACAGGCACAUAAGAAUACAAAAAACUUCAAUGUUACAAUUAUUUAAGAAUAGGGAUGAAUUGUUAAUAUUACUGUAUAAAUGUGAAACUGAUGAUAAGAAUUUGUAUAAAAUCAAA